CACUCAACGGCUCGCGGACAGGACCCGGCUCUCAUCCUUAAAUUAAAAGAACCAAAAGGCUCUUUGAACCGACUCGUUCACGAUUGGCACAUCACCAGCCUGGAUUCAACCGUUAAAUGUCAAGUGAAGUGGACAUUUUGUCUUUAAACUCCGCAGGUGAUCUUUUAUUUGGACCCUCCUUCCUCCUGUGUCCCUCCCGCCUCCAUCAGCACAGAGACACCGACACAGUCCGACACACCGCAGCCGCUCUGGAGAAGCAGAAACAUGGGGUCCGCCGCUCGACACCUCUGCUCGGGGCUGCUGGUUGUAUUUCUGCUGGGGCUUCAUCACUCCUCGAGUUUCUGGAUCGUCAACGUUGUCUUCCCACCAAACGCCAAACCCAGAGUAUCAAGCAACAGCACUCCACCGCUCAUUAUCGUGCCGGGGAACUUGGGGAACCGUCUGGAGGCUAAAAUAAACAAGCCGACGCUGGUCCACUGGAUGUGCUACAAGAAGACCGAGCACUGGUUCCCCCUGUGGAUUGACCUCAACAUGUUCAUGCCUAUAGGUGUAGACUGCUGGAUUGACAACAUUAGACUUGUUUACAACAGAACAACUCGGCGGUCAUCCAACUCCCCGGGGGUGAAGGUGCGGGUGCCAGGAUUUGGGCAGACAUAUCCUAUUGAGUUUCUCGAUUCUAACAAACUGGCUGGUUAUUUUUACACUAUGGUGCAACAUUUGGUGAACAUCGGCUACACCCGAAAUGAGACCGUCCGAGGAGCGCCGUACGAUUGGAGAUUAGCUCCUAAUGAGAACUCGGAGUACUUCACGAAGCUGCAGGACCUGGUUGAGGAGAUGUACGACGAGCACCAGCAGCCGGUUUACCUGCUGGGACACAGCAUGGGCUGCCACUACGUCCUCUACUUCCUCAACCACCAGCCUCAGGCCUGGAAGGACAAGUACAUCAAGGGCUUCAUCUCCCUGGGUGCUCCAUGGGGGGGCGCUGUUAAACCGCUCAGAGUCCUGGCGUCAGGCGAAAAUGACGGCAUCCCAAUGAUCUCCAACAUCAAAAUCCGCGAGGAGCAGAGGAUGACGACCACUAACCCCUGGAUGCUGCCGUCAGAGGAAGUCUGGCCGAAGGACCACGUGUUCAUCUCCACACCAACUUUUAACUACACCAACCAGGACUACCAGCGCCUCUUCACAGACAUCAACUAUGAGGAUGGCUGGUUCAUGUGGGAGGACACCAAGAACCUCACAGGUGACCUCCACCCUCCUGGUGUCGAGGUGUGGUGCAUGUACGGCGUCGGGCUGCCAACUCCCAUAACGUACAUUUACGACGAGGAGUUUCCCAAUGGCGACCCGGUGGACUUUGUUUACGCCGACGGGGACAACACGGUGGACAGCUUCAGUAUGAGUCAAUGCAAAGGCUGGGCGGGGCAGCAGGAGAAGCCCGUCCAUGUCACGGAGUACCGAGGGCUGGCACACCUCGAUAUAGUGUUCCACGAAAAGGUGCUCAACCUGAUCCAGGAUAUCCUGGAGGGCAAUUCAGACACGCCCAAAGAGAUCGACAUCCAAUCUCUCGAUAAAUAACAACGUUUAAGAGUUUAAAACACUGGAGUGCUGGAUUUUUACAUAGUUUUAUUGUUUAAGUAUCAUAAAAACAUUCCAUGUAAUCUGUAAAGUUCUUAAGUAGUAAUCUAACCCUGACCCGCCUCAGCCCAGGACAGUGACCUCCUUACUCUAGCUCAAGGCUGAAGACUGAUCUGUCUGUUUUUAUGUACAUGCUGUUUAUUUUGUGUUUCAGAAUGAGACUUUCGGUGAUCACAGAGCUCAUAAUUAAUACAAUAAAUACAAACAUAGUAAUGUA